GGUACAAGUACUUAUAUAUUUUUAUGUAUACUUACUCUGUGGCAGUGCGUGACAUUUUGAUUUUUUUUUAAAUGGCGCUGAACGAGAGCAAAGUUCACGAACAUCUUGAGGAGGAGCUCCUCCUUCCCUACAGUCAUGUGAUACAAAUCGCUAGCAAGGGCCUGCGCAAGCGCAUCGCAGAGGCGUUCAACUAUUGGCUGCGAGUGCCUGACGACAAGAUGCGAGAGGUCGUUGACAUUAUACAGAUGUACAGCGAUAGUAGUUUGAUAUUAGACGACAUACAAGACAGCAUCACAGUCCGGCGCGGCUUGCCCGCUGCUCACUGCGUUUAUGGGGUUCCGUGGGCUGUGAAUACAUCGGCACAUGUGUUUGUGUUGGUGCUGUUGAAGUGUUGCAAGUUGGGAGAUAAGGCGCAGCAAAUCUUCUCUGAGCAAUCACUAGAGCUGAUUCGAGGUCAGGGCAAGGAGAUAUAUUGGCGGGACAGUUUCAUUUGUCCCUCUGAAGAGGAGUACAAAGCGAUGCUUCAACAGAAAACGGGAGGUAUGUUCAAUUUGGCGUGCCAACUUAUGCAGAUGUUCAGUGAUAACAAAACCGAUUAUUCCGAUUUUGCGAAGACCCUCGGCAUGUACUUCCAGCUAAGAGAUGACUAUUGUAAUAUUAUACAACCAGAGGCAUGUGACGAACGGCCAGCAGACAAGGCUUUAGAUGAUUAUUGCAUGGAUUUAACUGAAGGCAAAUUCACAUUACCCGUGAUUCAUGCGGCGAAAAGUUCGUGGGGUGCAACCAUUUUGAACAUACUAAAGCAGCGUACAACAGACGUGAACACAAAGCGUUAUUGCGUGACGCUGUUGGAAGAGACAGGCAGCCUGGAGUAUACGAAGACAUGUUUGCGAGAUCUCGACCGGCAUUUGAGAAAUGAGAUACAACGUUUUGGCGGGAACCCACUGAUGACAGCCGUGUUGGACAUGCUACAGUUGGCAAAUUAAUUAAAUUGUGAUAUUAUUUAUUGUUCUAAUUUAGUAACGCUUUAAUAAACGAUAUAUUUCUGUA